UGAGAAAACUGCAAUAUGUUACCAUUCAUAUUGACAAUAAGUCACAGAAAAUGUUAGGUUAAUAAAAUCAUUGAGUAACCAAAUGUUGAACUUGCGAACAUGAUAAAUUGGAAAAUAUUUACGUUUCUGGUGUAUUUUUUCUGCUUUCCAGCUUUGCACGAUACAGGCAUGUCAUUUUUCACAGUUGGACCCAUCAAAGAUGUUAUUCAAAAAGGGAGGCAACUUUUUUUGGAUCAAGGUGCUCAAAAUAUAGUAAAAUCUGGUACAGUUCCUUACAACAGUAGUUUGGCAGUCAGUUAUGGGAAGUUAGACAAAGAAAACUUCAUAAUGAUGGGUCAUUAUGUACAGGUGAUGAUGGUUACAUGCAAGAAUAUUCUUCAGGGCUACAGCGAAGAAAAUCCAAUUCAUAUAAAAGAUUUCAUUUACCAAAUGAAACAUUCGGGGCUUCUCCAAGUCGCUAACAGAACUGAAAUACAACAAAUAAGCAUUGAUUUUAUAAGUGCUGACAAAAUGGCUGAAAGACUACAAAACAGAUAUCAGCAGGAUUUAGUGAAAAAAGAAGACAUAUUACAACAUUUUGGACUGGAAUUACAAGAUUUUGCCAAUAUUGUUUCUACUGCAGAUGCCGAUGAAAUUUUAACUAACCAGACUGUACUUGACAUCAACUUGUUAGUACUUCCUGGGGACUUCGAUGAUAGUUUGAAGGUACACCACCUGGAAUUUAAAAUUUCUAGAGAAUCAUAUCAAGCCCCAGGAUUUGAAACGAACCAAAAUUUCGUCAAUGGUACAUUUUACAGCAUUGAGUUUGAACCGAAUGAAGAGGCAAUCAAUGAACAGAAUCCGGAAUCGUAUCAAGUGGCCGUAGUUAACAUGUUAAAACGUAUGCCUUCCAAAGAUGAACUAUAAACAUUUUAUAGAAUAUUUUUAUUAUUCUUCUCAUUAAUAUUAUUAUUGUUGUUGUUGCUAUAGUUGUCUUUGAUUUAACAAUGUGUCUAUGUAUCAACUUUUCUUUCGAUCUAUGUAUCUACUGUCUCUCCCUCUCUUUCUCUCUCACUUCCUCUGUGUUACUCCUCUCACCGCUUCUGUCUAUUAUAUAUCCUCGAGUUCACUCCAAAAGUGACACCGAGGAUAUGGUAGAAGAUACUCGUCCAAGAUAUAAUGCUUUAAGAUCGAACUCGGAACCAUGUAGUUACAAAACAAACUUCCUUACCAUACGGCCGCGGCAACGCCCAACAAAAUAUUUUAAAUUAUAUAUUCGAAUUAUUGUAAUCACAUUCAUGAAAUGCUGUAAUAUUUUUCUUUUAAAUAAAACGUAUAGACAUUAGAUAGUAAAAUUUAUGAGUGAUUUCAACGAUUUCUUCCAUUGUUUUGCAUGGAUUCGCCAUUUUCUAUCAUGGACAAAGCAGUCGCCAAUUUUUACGAUACGGGAUUACUACUAAAUUAUAUGCGCGCGUCUAUGGUGUGUGUAUAAAAUCCAUACAUGGUUUUAAACAUGGAAACAUUACCCAACUCAGCUGAAUAUCUAUGUAAAUUGGAUCCUGGUCAUUUAAAUAUGAACUUUUCUUCUAAUUCAAGACUUCCUUUAGCUGCAACACUACAAAAAUGUAUACAGUGAAACCUUUUUCUAUACAAAAGACUCAAACAAGAAUGUUAUCAUUUUUUUUCUCUAUAUUUCCUUUUCACUUGUACUAUAUAUGUGAAUCUUACCUUAUGAAUACGCACACUAAUAUAUCUAUGUGCUGACUAUUUUCCUAAUUUUAUUUCCAUACAUGUAAAUACAUAGAAUAAAACUCUUUUCCUCCUUA